CGCCGCCAUUUUUCUUGAUUAUAAACAACUUUUAUGUGAAAGCGUGUUGACGGUUUAUCCAAAAUUGAAUUGAACAUCAGCCAUGGGGGUGGAUUACUACAAUAUUUUGAGUUUAACAAGAAGUGCUACCGAUGCAGAUAUCAAGAAAAGUUACCGUAAAUUGUCUUUAAAAUUCCACCCUGAGAAAAAUAAGGGAGAUCAAACAUCAGCUGAUAAAUUUAAACAAGUUUCAGAAGCCUAUGAUAUUUUAUCUGAUCCACGUAAACGAGCGGUUUAUGAUCAGUUUGGUGAGGAAGGUUUAAAGAAUGGAGUACCAGAAGGCAGCGGUGAAGCUGGGGCAUGGACUCAAGGUUAUACCUUCCACGGCAAUGCAGAAAAAGUCUUCAGAGAUUUCUUCGGGGGAGAUAAUCCAUUCCAAGAGUUCUAUGAUCGUGUAGAUGGUGAUUUGAGUAUGGGAUUCGGUGGUUUAAAUGGUCGAGGUCACAAGAAACAAGAUCCAGCCAUACAGAGAGAUUUACAAUUAGCUUUAGAGGAAGUCUUUCAUGGCUGCACCAAAAAAAUGAAAAUUUCUCGCAGGGUUAUGAAUGAAGAUGGACAUACAUCAAGUAUUCGUGAUAAAAUUUUAACAAUCAUUGUUAAAAAAGGAUGGAAACCAGGAACAAGAAUUACGUUCCCUAAAGAAGGCGAUCAGGGACCUAAUAAUGUACCAGCUGAUAUUGUUUUUGUUGUAAAAGACAAACCCCAUCCUAGAUUUAGACGAGAAGGUAUCAAUUUAAUCCACACAGCAAAAGUUCCGCUUGGUAAAGCUUUAACAGGAUGUACAGUAGAAAUUAAUACACUGGAUGAUCGAGUCUUACACAUACCAAUAAACGACAUUAUCAAGCCAGGUUAUAAGAAAGUAGUACCAGGUGAAGGUAUGCCUAUUUCUACAGAACCAACAGAAAAAGGAGAUCUUAUUAUAGAUUUUGAUAUCGAAUUCCCUCCAGCAUUAUCACCUGAAAGAAAAGAUAUGGUCCGAAGAGCUCUCCUAUAUUAAAAAAACAAAAAAAAAUCUCAGUGCUCGAAAAAUAAU